CGGCAGCAUUCGGUUACCUGCCGCCGCCUGGUGCCAGGACAAACCGCAAGGAAGCUCCCACAGCCGCCGCCGCCUGGCAUAUACUCAGGAAAUCAGGCGGGACGUCAGAACAACGAUCUGCGAAUCAUAUCUCAUAAUUUAACCGAUAUUGGAUGAAUAAUUUGAGGGAGUCGCCCUUGAAGAUGAAAAAUAUGAACAUUGAGAAUAUAACUGAAGACGAAGCGGCUCUUUAUGACCGCCAGAUAAGACUUUGGGGUCUGGAUGCACAAAAGAGGUUGCGAGCAGCCCGUGUGCUACUUGCAGGAGUAUGUGGUCUUGGAGCUGAAGUUGCAAAAAACUUGGUUUUGUCAGGUGUGAAGUCUCUUGUGCUGUUAGAUCAUCGCACUGUCACAGAAGUUGAAAUUCAUUCCAACUUUCUUGCUCCUCAUGAUUCAGUUGGAAAAAAUAUUGCUGAGGCUUCACAAGAGCGAACCCAAAUAUUGAAUCCUAUGGUGCAAGUUACAGCAGAUUCAAGCAAUAUUGUAGAUAAAACUACUGAGUUUUUUACUCAGUUUGAUGUUGUGUGUGUCACACGAUGUCGGCAAGAUGAACUGAUUAGAAUCAAUGAUAUAUGUCGGCAAAAUAAGAUCAUCUUUUUUGCUGGUGAUGUAUUUGGAAUGUUUGGCUAUAUGUUUGCAGAUCUACAAGAACAUCAGUAUGUGGAGGAAGUGAAAGAGAGGAAACCAGUGGAGCAUAAUGGAAAAAAACAAAUAGUGGAAGAGACCAAGGUAGUGAAACAAACAGAAAAUUUUGUUCCACUAAGCCAGGCCUUGGACAUUGACUGGACCUCAAAAAAGUAUAGUGGUCAGAUGCGCAGAAUUUCUCCAGCUUACUUCAUCAUGCAGAUAAUCAUGGAAUUCAUCAGUUUACAUGGAAGGAAUCCAGAUCGAAGCCAUCAAGAAGAAGAUGAAAUGGAGCUUCUUACAAUCAAAAAUGCAUUGUUAGAGAAGCUGAAUGUCCCUGCAGAAAAAGUUAGCAACCAAUUUGCUGGAAUCAUCAAAACUGGACAAUAAAUGGCAGAGGAAUGCACUUCAAUAGUACAGUAAGUUAGUUUUGAGAUGUGGGGCUUUAAAGAUUAAAAGGAUGCUCACACUCUUUUUAUCCAUAUAUAUAUCUAUAUAAUACUGGAAUUUUUUAGAUGCCAAAUAUCAUAAUGAAUUUUUUUUUGAGUUGUAGAUGAUUUUGAGCCAUGAUUGCAAUUGCAUUAGAUUCACAGAUGACUUGCUUUAUUGGUAUCUGGAAUCUUUUUGAUGGAACAUUGCAUGCUUCAUUUUUGGAAUGAGGGCAUGCCACACUGAUGUACAUGGCCCAUUGGUUGGGAUGGUACGAAUUUAGGAUUGGAAACUUUGAUACUGUGAAACUGUAGCUCAGAACUUUGUGAUACUAUCUGUAGGGUUAAUGUAUUAAAUAAACAGAAGUACAAUAUUUACAAAUAUAUUUACAAAAGAAUUAAGAAUAAUCUUGAACCCACUCAUUCAUCUCCACUACAACAUUCAGCACACCUGUCUAACAACUCUCAACAUUGUCAUGUUUCGUAUGCCAACAUCUCCGAGGGAGGUUUCAAGACACUUAUUCUUCAAUUUUUGACUACUGCUUUGGACCCUUCUAUGGGACUGGCAUCUCAUUGGGCUUUUUUUUUUUUAUUGGAUUUUUGUUGCCCUUGGCCAGUGUCCCUCCUAUAUGAAAAAAAAAAGACUUUCAUCUGCAAAAUCACUCAACUCCCAUUACACCUCGUUCAUGCCUGAUCUUACCUCAUUCACUGCUCACAAUCCACCUCUCAUCAACACAAACACAACAUGACAUCCCAGUAACACAUCACACACACUCAGACACACACCACCCUCACAUUCUACAUCUGCAACCAUGUACCACUUCAUGCACCCACACACCUCUCACCAUCUAAGCUCUUGACUGCAGAUGCUCCCCAAUUUACAAACAUUUGAGUUACGAACUUCCGCAGAUGCGAACAAAAGGUCUGGUUCACUAUUACUCCUGAGAAACCUAUAGCAUCAUGAUCAAGAUCACACUGCCACUUCAUGCUAAACAUGCUAAACACGAGGACAAAAUGCACACUGAAACAGUGCAAUAUACUGUGUAAUAUUACUGUGUAAUAUAAGUUACUGUGUGGCUAUUGUGAUGCAAGUGAUAGGUGGGGUAGUUGGGAGUGAUAUGGAUUGCUAAGUGAUUGGGUAUGGUAUAGGCUGUUGUGCAGCUGAUACAAUGUGUGGCAUGAUGUGGCUUUGUCUCCAUGGUGUGGCUGGGUGCUAUUUGUAGUACAGUGUUGGGUGUGGUGGUGUUUCACGUGAUGUGAUCGAGUUUGAUAUGGUUUAUUGUGUGGCCAAUUGUGAUGAGUGAUGUGAUGUAACUGUGUGGCUGAAACUAGCUCAGGAGAAAUCCCAUCACUUGUAAUAGCAAGAUCAAGAUCAAGAUGUGAUGAAAGAUAAAACAUAAUAAGUUUUUAACACAGAGUUGGAAAAAAGGACUUAGGAAGCAGUGUAAUAGUGAAACAGAAGCAGUACAAGAAUAACAAAAGCAAGUAGAUGACCUAAGAAGCUUUAUGAAGCAAAACAGGUCACAAAGAGAAGUAGACUGCCAUACCACACUAAAUAUGUGGACAAAGCACACAUUCACAAAGUGCUAGGCUGUGUGGCUAACAUAUAUAAUAAUUUUUCAGUUAUUUCAAUACCCUUAUUUCAUGAUCCUUGAGUUUAGCACUAUGGCUUUGGAAGAAAGCAAGUGCUAAACUGUACUGUACAUCCAAAAUAUUUUGCAAAAUAAUGAAUUACAAAGCUGUCUGAAAACAACGACUUACAAAGCUGCCUGGAACCUAACUUAUUUGUAACUCAUGAAGUACCUGUAUUUCUGUAGUUCAGACAGUGCUGGUUCACUGUGAAAUCACUCACACCAUACUGCUCUCCUCUAAGCACAACACAAACUCCGGCACUUUAAUUUGAUCUCAGUCCAUACAACAUAAAUCCACCACUCCCACACAGGUCAGGUCAGAGUUUCUAGUAAAUGGAUGCAUCUGUGUUUAGUGAGUCUGAGUACAAAAUGAGUCAAUUCAAAGGAGAAUGAUUAAAAAGAUACAGGGGAUGAGGGAUAUUCCUUGUGAAACGAGACUGAAGCUAAUAAAUUUACAUUCUUUAGAUAGAUAUAGGUUAAGAGGGGGACCUGAUAGAAGUCUUUAAGUGGUGUAUGGGUUAUAAUGAGGAUGUAAGGAAAAUUCUCAUGAUCAGUAAUGAGGAUAGAACAAGAAAUAAUUGGUUCAAGCUUAAAAAAUUUAGGUUCAAGAAAGAGGAAGGAAUUGGUUCUCAAAUAGAUAGGUUGAUGAAUGGAAUGAACUCAGUAAUCAGGUUGUUAGUGCUGUCAUUAGGGAUCUUUAAAAAUAGACUAGACAAAUUUAUGGAUGGGGAUGAUAGGUGGAAAUAGUGGUAUGUUUCAUAGAGACUGCCACAUGUAGGCCUGAUGGUUCUUCUAGAUUCCCUUAUUUUUUAAGAGUACCAUGCUUGAUCCUGGCAAGGCCAGUGUUGCCUUGGCCUGCUCUUUCAAUCAGCAAGCACCCAUAAUUCUUGUCAUGUCAGAAAAACCAUCUUAUAUAGUCACAUAUAGUAGAGAGAGAGAGAGAGAGAGAGAGAGAGAGAGAGAGAGAGAGAGAGAGAGAGAGAGAGAGAGAGAGAGAGAGAGAGAGAGAGA